UCUCUCUUGCAUUAGUGACGCGAGGCGUCACGAGCUUUUUCAUUUCGAGGGAAAUCUUGAAAGGUAAACAAGCGCAAUGAUGAAGUGUGGAGGAACUUCAGAUUCUAAGCCAGCAGAUGCUGAAAUCCAGUCGAUCAUCAAUGAGGUAAAAGGUACAGUGGAGGACAAGGUGGGAAAGAAGCUGGAUACCUACGAACCAGUGUCAUACAAAACCCAAGUGGUGGCCGGAACCAACUACUUCGUAAAAGUAAACAUUGGUGAUGAACACAUACAUCUGAGGAUCUUUGCUCCUCUUCCUCACACCAACCAACCUAAGGAGCUGUCCGACGUACAGCGAGGGAAGACUGCCGAGGAUGAGCUAUGUUACUUCUGAUUGAACAAAGAGGCCAUCACAGCAUAUUCCUCAGUAAACAGUCCAUGAUCAAAUAACAGUGGAUUCAGAAGUACCCGAAACUCAUAAACAUUAUGUACACAAAUGUACACCAAAAUAAGAAAAAAAACAAGAAAAUAUUUAUGUCUCAUUGAAACAAUAGUUUGAUAUGUAAGCAUUUUUAGAAGUGUUAUUAAAAUUAAUGAUAUAUGUAUACAUAUACUGGAUGUAAUGAUCGUGCAAUAAAUUUGAUCUUUUUUUU